GUUAUUUAAGCUACAUCCAAAAAGUUUCAUUGGUUCCCACUUCCUCAGUUUGUAUUGUUCUCAUUUCUCAAUUCUCUCACUCAGACCCUUUCUUUGAUUCUUGUUGUUGUUGUUGCUUUCCAAUGUGAAGAGACCAAAACAUGGCUCUAAUCGCUGCUAGGAUUCUUGGUUCGAAUUCGAGACUCGCGGUUCCCCUCCGGCGCUGGCGGUGGCCGGCGUACUCCUCCGCCUCGGCUGCGGUGGCGGAGUCGGAGAGCACGGAGGUGAAGGACUACGCCGACUACCGGCGCUCCCUGUACGGACAGAUCACGCACAAGGCCCUCCUCGUCGACGCCGUUGGCACACUCGUCCUCCCUUCCCAGCCCAUGGCUCAGAUAUAUAGAACGAUUGGGGAGAAGUACGGUGUGGCGUAUUCGGAGGAAGAGAUACUCUACAGAUACAGAACAGCGUACAGCCAGCCUUGGGGGAAAUCUCGUCUCAGGUAUGUUAAUGAUGGUAGGCCCUUUUGGCAAUAUAUAGUUAGUUAUUCUACCGGCUGUUCAGAUCCCCAGUACUUUGAAGAACUGUAUAACUAUUAUAUGACAGACAAGGCAUGGCACCUCAAUGAUCCUGGUGCAGAAGAAGUAUUCAGAGCUCUUAGAAAAUCUGGUGUGAAAUUAGCUGUUGUGUCAAAUUUUGACACUAGAUUAAGACCUCUCCUGCGGGCAUUAAAUUGUGACAGUUGGUUUGAUGCUGUGGCAGUGUCAGCUGAGGUUGCAGCGGAGAAACCAAAUCCAACUAUAUUUCUCAAAGCAUGUGAACUAUUGGAUGUAAAGCCUGAGGAAGCUGUUCAUGUUGGGGAUGACCGCAGAAAUGAUAUAUGGGGUGCCAGGGAUGCAGGUUGUGAUGCUUGGCUUUGGGGAAGCGAUGUUCACUCCUUUAAGGAGGUAGCACAGAGGAUUGGGAUCCAGGUCUGAAAGACGAUCUCUUUACAAUAAGUAUGUGUAUGAUGUUAUGCAUGUAUAGAGUCCUUUAGGCUUUAGCUUUAAGGCUGUAAACGUUCUACUCCUUUUUGCAAUGUAUGUACAUAUAUGUGAGCCUAUAAAAACCGUCAAUGGAAGGUGUAGGUAGGAACUUUUAUCUUUUCAUUGA